CUCUGACUAGAAGCUGCAUCCCAUUGGAUGUUAAAGGACAGCCCACAAAAAAAGGGGAAAAGAGGAUGAAAGAGGAGAACUGGACAUCACAAAGACUAAACCGUUUAAGGCAGCUCUUAUUUAUAAACUCAGCUUAGGUAGUUAGGGAACUCAGGACUAGACUGAAAUAAUACUACUUAUCAGGAUCAUUAGCUGCAUCCUUGUAAAAGAACCAAGACCUUUUAUUUGGUUGGAAUGGCAAAAACUAAAGACUCUAAGGUGGAGGAGAGACCCAAGUGGGACAACAAGGUUCAGUACAUGUUGACGUGUAUUGGCUUUGCAGUGGGACUUGGAAAUGUCUGGCGUUUUCCUUACCUGUGCCAAAUCUAUGGAGGAGGUGCAUUCCUCAUCCCCUACCUGAUAGCGCUGGUGUUUGAGGGCCUCCCAUUGCUCUACCUGGAGUUGGCCAUAGGACAGCGACUCCGCAAGGGCAGCAUUGGUGUCUGGAACUCCAUCUCACCACUUCUGGGUGGAGUCGGAAUUGCCUCCAUGUUGGUGUCAUUUCUGGUGGGUAUUUUCUACAACACCAUCCUGGCGUGGGUGCUUUGGUACUUUUUCCAUUCUUUCCAAAACCCUUUGCCAUGGAGCCAGUGUCCACUCAAUGAUAACCAAACAGACUACAAUGUGGAAUGUCAGCGGAGCAGUCCAGUGAAUUACUUCUGGUAUCGUGAGACCUUGAACAUCACACCAAACAUCGAGACCAGUGGUUCCCUUCAGUGGUGGCUGGUCAUCUGUCUGGCCAGUGCUUGGUGCGUGGUCUACAUCUGUCUUAUCAAAGGGAUCAAGUCCAUGGGAAAGGCUGUGUACGUUACAGCCACUUUCCCAUACCUGGUGCUUACUAUUUUCCUAAUCCGUGGCCUCACUCUGCCGGGAGCUAUUGAUGGACUAGUGUACCUCUUCACUCCUAAUUGGGAUAUACUCAAAAAUCCCCGCGUGUGGCUGGAUGCUGCAACCCAGAUCUUCUUCUCUCUCUCUGUAGCCUUUGGGGGUCUCAUCGCUUUCUCCAGCUAUAACGAAGAGAGAAACAACUGUGAGAGGGAUGCUCUUUUGGUUGGAAUAAUAAAUAGUGCCACCUCUCUCUAUGCCUCCAUUUCCAUCUUUGCCAUCCUUGGAUUCAAAGCAACUACUGCCUUCAACUCUUGUCAACAGGACAACAUCUUGACUCUGACCAACCACUUUGAGAUUCCAGACAAGAACAUAACAUUAGAGACCUACGACCAGUGGUUCGAGCAUUUAAAUAGCACAUAUCCAAAAGAGAUUGCCAACUUGCCCCUGUGGCACUGUGACCUGCAAACAUAUCUUGGCCAGUCCGCAUCAGGUACCGGUCUAGCUUUUAUUCUAUUCACUGAAGCCGUCAUAGAGAUGCCAGGCUCACAGGUAUGGGCUGUGUUAUUCUUCAUUAUGCUCUUAAGCCUGGGCCUUUCCUCCAUGUUCGGAAACAUAGAGGGAGUACUCACACCCAUCAAUGACCUCAAACUACUGCCAAAGUGGAUCCCUAAUGAAGUCGUAACAGCGAUAAUCUGCUUGAUAUCCUUCCUAACGGCUCUCAUCUUCACACUCGGUUCGGGAAACUACUGGGUGGAGGUGUUCAACAACUACGUUGGCUCUGUGCCUCUGCUCAUCAUUGCAUUCUUUGAGUUCAUUGGAGUCAUUUAUGUCCAUGGAAUGAAAAAUUUCAGUGAAGAUAUUUAUUUCAUGACUGGGUCGAGACCCAGCAUUUUCUGGAGACAAUGCUGGCUGUGGAUCAGUCCUCUGUUACUCCUGAUUGUGUUGGUUGCCUACGUGAUUGUCCAGGCACAGGAAUAUCCUGUCUAUCCUGCAUGGAAUGCAGAUAGGGAACCCUUUCCUGGCACUGAUACACUGAACUACCCAGAGUGGGUGUUUGCCAUCAUCAUCCUUCUCUGUGUCGUUCCUGUGCUUCCCAUCCCUCUGGUCGCGCUCUACAGACUGAUCUUACGCUGCACCAAGAAGUCCUCUGCUCGCACUGACCUAAACCCCUACUCCAACGACGGCUUUCAGAUUGAAACAUAGGAAGCUUGCAACAGAACACUUAGGAAACACAGGCAACCAUGUUAACAUGUUUUCUGAAAAGAAAAAGGAGAUCUUAAUGGGACGCCAGAAUCUGUGGAAUUCUGGAGCACUGACUCAUAAUUGUUGUGUACUGUUAUAUUUACAAUCAUUUUUUAUCAGGCAUUGAUUUGACAGAUGACAACUCAAAUUUGCUCUUUCAAUAACACAUCUGGAUUUAUUCAACAGGGAAACUCUUAUUAAGUGAACAAGAUAUAAUACAAAUCAACAUAAUUGAUGCUGAAAACACAACAGCCAUCUUUGAUUCCACAUUCACAGAAACGUUUAUCUGAACCACACACUCACUUAGGUGUUCAUACAACACAUGUGUAAAGGGCGUUGUGUGCCUGUUUAUAGUGUUAUAUAUAUAUAUAUAUAUUAUAUAACUUUAUACAGGAAGGAAUUUCCAAGUGAUGUCACAUGGAUUUGUGUGGAAAACAACAGUAUCAAAGUCCAGCUAGUCAAACGGCUGUGGGAAGUAUUACAGUAGCAGGAUGAUUGUCAGUUAUCCAUUUUUACUGAUCCGGUUGUUGAAUAGGGCCUGUUUAUGACUCAGGUUUAUCACGAAGGAUUUUUUUUUUUUUAUCAGUUGGCUAAGGCCUGACUUCUUGGCACAGAAGAAUAAUUAAAAGAAAAAUUGGCACACUUACAGGUCAGAAAAUCCACAUGACUGAUUUUAACACCCUGUUCUUCCCCCUCCCUCGAAACCGGAAGAAAAGUCAAAACAAGGUGAUUUUAAAAAAACAGGUUUUUUUUUUUUUUUUGGGGAGAGAGAGAGA